UGGAGAAACAGUCAACAAACAGUAGCACAGCUGGUGUAGCGCUGUCAAAAGUGUUGACAAGUGAGUGCGCCGGACGUUUGUUGAAAAGGAUAAUAAUAUUUAAUACUAUUUUUAACGGUAAAAAAACGCAAUUUGCUAUAAAAUGCUUUUGAAGCUAAUUUGUGUAAUUACAGUGACACUAACGCUAGUGUCGGCUGCGCCCAAGAAGAAAACUUCGGAUGAACAUAUUGCUGCGCUGUUUGUAAAGGACAGCGAUAACGGUGAAUUGCGUUUCUUGACCGGCACCAGCAGCGUCAACCAAUUGAUCACACAAAAGCAGGAUUUUCUCGAACAACUACGUCCAACGAAUGGCGCCAAUAAUAAUAUUCGUCCUAUCUAUAUCGAUUUGAAUGGUGGCGGCAUUGAGACUACAUCACCCACUGUAGGCUUCGGUGGUGGCGGCGGCGGCGGUGGUGGUAAUGGUAAUGGUGGUGUUUUAGGUGCUGUUGCUUCUAAUGCGUCACCAGUUGGUGAUCUAUUACCGCAAAUUGUUGGUCAGGUUGUGGCGGGUGGUGGUGGUGCCACCAGUCCCUCCACUGCCUCCAGUCCCAGCACUCCAACAUAUCCAGACUCACCUCCUAACUCAAUUCCUGAAUCUGCUGCAGCUGGUGUAGGCCAAAAUCCUGGCAGGCGUCGUGUAGUUAGACGUGGUAAUAAACGUCGUCAAGGCAAUCGUAAUACAAAUAAACGUCGCCGUAAUCGCCGUCGUCCAGCUAGGAGAAAUCAACAGAAACGCAAAGUUGUACUAUUACGACCACAACGUAAUUAACUCGAGGUAUAAAACUAUAUUUCAGAAAGGAAAAAUAUAUUGAAUAAAUAUUUUACAUAUGAAAAUCAA